GUGCAUGAGACUCUUGUCAAUAAAGAACUCUCAUUCAUUUUCACGUUUGUACAGCAUUAAGUACAAACACUGUACACAUAAUUCAUUCAGUAAUAAUAGCUGUAAAGCUGUAAAAGUAUAAAAGCAAUAAAUAUUUCGUCUUUAACUGCUAAAGACGUAUAAAAAUCUUAAUAGCUAAACAAAUGUUAGUGUGUGGAUGACGUGAGGUUGUCGCCUCUCUGGUGUGACGUUCGUGGCGUUCGUGGUGGUGGUCUACGGAGUGUAGAGUGGUGUACAGUGUGCCGACGUCUUCGGUUUGAAGCGGGCUCUGAGGGUUAAGCGUACACGGUGCGAACGAGUAAAGUGUGGUUUUAUAAUUUUUCACUUAGUCUUGAUUGAAGUGAAAUAAGAGUGAUUGAGAAAGAGUGGUUAGUGAGGAGAUAAUAAUAAUAAAGCAAAAGUGGAUUUAUUGCGUUAUCAAGUACAUACAAUUAAACUGUCGUCAGUGGCUUAGAGACGGCAGUGGCGGUUGUAAUUGACAGGAAAGAUGGCGCAAGGUGCCGACGAGGAGUGUUGACCUAUUUUGUUGACCCCCGGAGAGUUUUUGUGAGAAAUCGAGCGGUGUGUCACGCGCUUAGUGAUUGAAGCUUUAACAUAAAAAGCUUCAAAUCUUGAUAAAAACACUCCUAGAUCAGGAGUGAAUUUCUCUUUCAAACGUUUUAAUUAAAACCGCAGAAAUUCUGAAGAAAUUUGAUAUCCGUGGAGCCUUAGCAGGCUCUAGCGGGGCUGGAAAAAUGGGCAACAAUGCCGCGACAGCCAAUAAAAAGGUGGAUCCUGCUGAAAGUGUCAAGGAAUACCUUGAUGAAGCAAAGGAAGAGUUUGAAGAAAAAUGGAAGAAGAAUCCUACCAAUACGGCAGGUCUCGAUGACUUUGAAAGGAUUAAAACGCUCGGGACUGGCUCGUUUGGCAGAGUCAUGAUAGUACAACAUAAACCGACCAAGGAGUAUUAUGCAAUGAAGAUAUUGGAUAAGCAGAAAGUAGUCAAGCUCAAGCAGGUAGAGCAUACGCUCAAUGAAAAAAGAAUUCUCCAAGCUAUCAACUUUCCUUUUCUUGUUUCUUUACGUUUCCACUUCAAGGACAACUCAAAUUUAUACAUGGUAUUGGAAUAUGUACCUGGGGGAGAAAUGUUUAGUCAUCUACGAAAGGUUGGCCGAUUUUCUGAACCACAUUCACGAUUUUAUGCAGCUCAAAUAGUCCUCGCUUUUGAGUAUUUACAUUACUUAGAUCUUAUUUAUAGAGAUCUGAAGCCUGAGAAUCUUCUUAUUGACUCUCAAGGUUACCUCAAGGUCACUGACUUUGGUUUCGCUAAAAAGGUGAAAGGAAGAACGUGGACUUUAUGUGGAACACCCGAAUAUUUAGCACCAGAAAUAAUCCUUAGUAAAGGAUACAACAAGGCUGUAGAUUGGUGGGCACUUGGUGUUUUAGUCUAUGAAAUGGCUGCUGGUUAUCCUCCAUUUUUUGCUGAUCAGCCAAUUCAAAUUUACGAAAAGAUUGUCAGCGGAAAAGUUCGAUUUCCAUCACACUUUGGAUCAGAUCUGAAAGAUUUACUCCGUAAUCUCCUUCAAGUUGAUCUGACCAAAAGGUAUGGCAAUCUAAAAGCUGGUGUCAAUGACAUUAAAGGACAUAAAUGGUUUGCUAGCACUGAUUGGAUAGCAGUCUUCCAGAAGAGGAUCGAAGCACCUUUCUUACCUAAAUGUAAAGGACCUGGUGAUACCAGUAAUUUCGAUGAUUACGAAGAAGAACCAUUAAGAAUCUCAAGCACAGAAAAGUGCGCCAAAGAAUUUGCUGAAUUUUGAACGGUUGAAUACCAAUCACACAUGGCUAGUCUUGAAUCUCGGCGAAAAGAUGAACGAUUGGUUAGUAAACUGAUCGAUAAGGAGAUUGAAAGUUAUCAAGAAAUAGAUUUUCGUUGCUGCCGAUGAAUGCCGUUGUGUUUUACACGAAGAAAUCUUUUACUCAAUCAUCUUUAAUCAAUAAAAUAAAAUACCCGGCCCAUUCCAAAUGGAUCCAAGUCCCAGUGGAAUCUUUUGCAAGUUCAACGAAUUUUAUAUUACAUUAAAUUCGUUGGAAAAAUCAUCUCGCUGUGAUUCUUCAUCUUUUUGUUGUGUAUAAGACGUUGAUAAACGUUGCUAAGUAUCCAUUUAACUAGUCUAUCAUCCUCUUUUGAAGAAAAAAAAGCACUGAAAUGAUUAUAAAUGAUUUAAUUUAAUUGCGAAUAGUCCAAGAUUAUUCACAGUAAAAUAGAUAUGAUGGUAAUACUCGUUUGUGAGUGCUCAUCGUUCAACCAAUUGCAUAAUCAAGCAAGAGCAUGCAUACGAAGAUGAAUGAGAACGUUAGCACACACAUACACAUACACGUAUAUAUGCAAUUUCCUUAAGAGAUCCCGCCCAAAUGCAUCAACACCAAAAUGACUCCAAAAAUAAUCAUGGCGUAUCGACAUCUCUAUGUUUAGUGAUUAUAUCUAGUUCAACAGUGAUGGGACCUUUAGACUAUCGUCAAUCCAACGAUCCUAGCAUAGUUUACGCCAACAAGUUCACUCAUUUACCAGCACGAGUCUUAAUCCCAAGGAGAAUAUUAUCAACCAUCGAUGGAACCACAUCAUUAUGCAAGAAGCGUCUUACGAAAAUAAAAAAAGAAUGUGUGAGAGUAUGACUCUAUGUAUGGAUGGAUGAACGAGUGAGUGAAAAUUGCGGUAUGUCUUGCUAUUCUUAUAUUGUUUUUCCGUGUCAAGAGCACAAUGACUGAAAACGGAUAAACAACAAAAUGCAUUAAUAAACAUUCAAAAGUGUUUUCAAUUAAAAGAAAAAUAAUAUUACCGAAUCUAAAUAAAUUUUAUCAUGUCCGAGGCUCUUGGCAGCAGCUUAUGCGGUCGUUAAUUAGUCAAAACCCAUUAAAAA